AUGGGAGAUUACAAGAACAAAGGCUUUGUUGAAGUUCUUGCGGCUCAGCAGAGCCCCGAGAAUCCCAACUGGUUCCAGGGGACGGCUGAUGCGGUGAGACAGUACAUGUGGCUCUUUGAGGAACAUAAUGUCGUAGAGUUUUUGGUUCUUACUGGAGACCAUUUGUAUAGGAUGGAUUAUGAGACGUUUAUUCAGGCACACAGAGAGACUGAUGCGGAUAUCACUAUGGCUGAGAAACCCAAAGGGGAGCAACUCAAAGCUAUGAAGGUUGAUACUACCAUUUUGGGUCUUGAUGAUGAGAGAGCCAAGGAGAUGCCUUACACUGAUUUUAGAAAUUGUGGGUACACUUGGUCCUAAAUCUCGAUCGGUGAUGUUAUUUCUGGUUGUCUGGUAUGAGGUUUUCAACCUAUUUGAUUUCAUAUAUUUUUGGUUUUUUUUUAACUAAUUAAAGAAUGAAUAACUGCUUUUGUGAAGCUUUUCAGUCUGUUGGGUUUGGUUGGAUUUUUGACAUGGGGUUUUGAAAUUAUUCAUGGAUUUUUUGUUUUAUUGAAGGAAAACUGUGUUAGGAUUGGAUU